UCUUUACUGUGCUUCUCUUUAAGGCAUUGUGUGCGAUUCUCUACUAAAACGGCUCACGACUGCAAGCAAAACCCUAAUUUCAAUUUCUUUGUUGAUUUUGCUCUUCUUGGUUGUAACUUUGUUUUUGGAAUUUGAGUUUGAAAAGAGUUAAAAGAAGAGAUGAACAGAGGAAGAAGGAAUCUGAAACAAGCGGCGUCAGAGCAGGAUUUCACGCUUGAGGAAUGUCAAAGCAUUGCCCAAGUCGUCUCUCUCAGAGGUUCCAAUCAAAUUGAGAUAAUGGAUGCAAAAGGAGAGAACUCAUUAGCAUUGUUUCCAGCCAAGUUUCGUGAGAGCAUGUGGAUCAGACGAGGAAGCUUUGUAGUGAUUGACCAUACAGGCAAGGAAAAGGCGCAAGAGUCUGGUAGCAAAGUUACAUCUAUUGUGUGUAAAGUUCUCUUCUUUGAGCAAGUCCGUCUCCUUCAAAAGUCCCCGGAAUGGCCGGAAGUCUUCAAAGAUACUAAACCAAUUCCAGCUGAUGAAAGCUCUCAGACACCUAUUCCAGAGCAAGAAGAUGAUGGUGAAGAUGAUUCAAGUGAUGAUGAUGAUGGCAUGCCCCCAUUGGAAGCAAACACAAACAGAUUGAGACCGUUUGGAGUGAAAUGUGACGCAGAAACAGAUUCAGGGUCAGAUUCUGAUUCAUAGUUGCAAUUUGUAUCUUAUUAAACAGUAUUGUAACCAACACAGAGCUGCUGACAAGCAGAGUUUUGAUUUGCAAUAGAAUUGAUUUUGAUUAUU